AUGCCCGUACCCACCGAUCCGCAAGCGGCUGCUUUGCUCACCCAUGUUCUUUCUCAGAUCGAGCAGAAUGUCGCCUUUCUGUCCUCCCAGAACUACAUAUCAUCAGGCGAUGCGGCAGAUAUCAUGGCCCGUCUAACGGCACUCCAGAAGACUUCAGACACGCAGUCCCUGGCAGUUGGUCCCCCCAGGGCUGCCCCUUCCCCUGCUCGUCAGGUUCCCCUUCCUCCAGCUCGUUCACAGAAGGCCAAAGCGCUAUGGGCUUACAAUGAGGAUGGUCAGGAGCCGAAUGACUUGUCCUUCUCUGCUGGAGAGAUGGUUGAGGUUGUUGACGAGACAAAUGCGGAUUGGUGGACUGGGAAAUGUAGGGGCCGCCAAGGGUUGUUCCCUUCCAACCAUGUUGAGAAGAUAUCCUCUGCAUCGAUACCACUAAAUGUGCCCUUGCCUAUGCCUUCCAUGCCAGCUACUCCCAUACCACAGCAGCCAGUGUAUGCUCCCAUGCCUUCUGAAAAGUCAGCCUACAGGCCAUUUGGAGCGGUUCACCAAGUCGCAAACCAACCUCCCGCGGUUGGUGCCAAUUCCGUUGGUUUGCAGCAAGCCCCGCAGCAAGAGCAGAAGCGCAAUAGGUUUGGGGGCUUAGGAAAUACGAUGGCGCAGUCAGCUGCUGGUGGUGUUGGCUUUGGAGCGGGUGCUGCUAUUGGCAGUGGAAUUGUGAAUGCUAUAUUUUGA